AUGCCCGGAUACAUGAUUCGUCUCGCAGUCUGUGCUGUGGCACUUGGGUCGACCGAGCCAGAGCCAGAUUGCUUCGAGUCGCAGCAAACGACACUACUUCAGCAUGGUCUUCAAGUUACAUCCCUUGACAGGCAAAAUCAGCAGGCUGCAGAGCUCCUUUCAGAGAUCCAACACUUCAGAAUCAUGAACCAGGACCAGGACUCUCCUGUAGUGCCAAACAUCGAUGCGAACGGGCGACUUUGUUUCCUUUGCGGCACCCCUUCAGACGAACGCGCGCCCAACCAGUCCUUUGUGAUAAGAGAUGAUUGUGGCAACCAUAGCCUGCUCGAGUAUUCCGAGAUGCUGGACGUGCCUUUGAGCAAGUUCCAGCACAAUGCUACAGAAGAGCACAAUGCAACCUUCGGCUGGUGUGAGCUCAAUGUGGAAAAGACGUGUGCUGAUGCUAUUUACAACCAGGAUUACAUGAUCUUCGCCAAAAGCGUCGAAAUUCCCGAUGUUGAACCACUGCUUCAUUACAAAGUUGCUUCGUGGGACCAGUACUACUGCUACUACAACGGGUGGCUCUCCGCUGAAAUCCGAGCACUGCAGCGCGAUUUUAACGGAAUGUAUCAGAAAGGUGAAGAGCUUUGCAAUUCCGUGCAGAGAGGGGCGAAGGGCAACAUGACUAUGAGGGACAUGCUGAAACACUGGCUGCCUGCACUGCCUGGCUUCCCGGGGAGCCGUCCGAGCUAUGAGGAUGCGAGGUUCAUGGCAGCCUGGACAUGUGCUAUGGGCAGUGCGGCUUGUGAUAUGGCCUACUGUGCUUACACCUACUGCGUGAAAGACGACGGGUUUGGAACCUACCACGAGUGUGAAGGAUGGGAUCCGGUCAAUGGCAUGCCCAUAGAGAUGUAG